AUGCCUACCGCAACUAAACGCAGGGAACAGGUGGCUCCUCCAGCUAAGCGCCGUCCAUCCGCUGCUGCUCUCUCGGAGUCGGGCUUGUCACGGCGCUCUUCUCAUGGCUCUUUCAGGACAGCAACCGGAGAUUCCAACUUCACGCGUGCUGUUUCUGCCACCGACGACGAGGACGAUGAAGAUGACGUUUCCGAUGAGGAGGACGAUGAGGAUCAGCUGCAAGGCGAUGCCGACGAGACGGACAAAGCAGCCCGUCAAGCCCGCUCGCCAAAAGGUCUCGUUACCGCCAGUCAGGAACAGGAUGAGGCGGAAUCGAGCGAUGCUUCGGAAGACUCACCUGCUAUCUUCAACAAGAACCCUUCAAGCGAUACUAGCACCCUCCAAAAAUCGCCUCCGACCUCUCACGACGAUGCCACCUCCGAAAAAGCUGCUCCAAAACACGAGCCCAGUCCCGUCAAGUCCAAAUCCGCCCGCGACCAGCUCGCCGUCCCAGACACCUCGCUCACCUCCACCAGAAACGGCGGAACCCAACGCAAGAGCGUUCGUGCCUCUUACGCUAGCCAUCUCACGCUCCCGUACCAGCACUCGGAGGCCGGCGACUACCAGGAUGCCUCCAAGCGUCUCAGUAAGAUGACCACCGCUACCAGCAAGCCCAGUAGCCGAGCCGCCUCUCGCGCAGCAAGCUUCAUGGACUCGCCGGAGACCGAGAUGCGCGACGUACGCUACCGCUCUGCCUCCGAACGUGGUGGCAGCAGACUCAGCCGCCUCCUGCCAGCCGCCUCGCUCCUCGACUUCGGCGGAUCGGUCCGUAACUCUCACCAGUCUCAACGUGGCCCUGGCUCCCGCUACGCUUCCAGCUUUAUCGAGCCAAAGUCCCCUUCGUAUCGCGAGGCGCUCCCCGCAGCCGGCAUCCAUCAUCGCGAUUCGGACCGUCUCAGCAUUGCAUCUCGUGCAACCGCUCGCAGACCUGCCUCCAUAGCUUCCAAGAUGCUCGAUUCCGACAGCCAGGUCUUUCCCGGUACGCGCAUCCGCAAGUACAUCGAACCUCAGCUCAACGAAGCUAUGCGUCGCGUCAUGAAGCAGUUCUCAGGCCACAACUUGCAAGACCACCGAUGUGAUGGUUACCCCAUCGCUGUGUUCGUCGGUGCCACCGCCAUCGACACCGGCAGCAUUAUUCAGCCUCACGUCUCGGGCGCUGUCUCUCUUUACUUCGGCCCUGGUCAUCCCAAGAACAUGGCCUCCUUACUUCCCGAGGAAGACAGGACGCCGAGUCACCUUCUCAAUCCCAAGGCGCCCACCCCUUCAUCGCUCUCUCGCCGUGCAGAGCUGCGUUCGGCCAUCACUGCUCUCCACACCAUCUACGAGCUUUACCGUGGCCGUGCCUGUGCCCACGUUUGCAUCGACUCUGCCUACGUCGCAAAGGCCUGGGGCACCUGGAUCCCAACCUGGGAGCUCAGGGGUUGGCCUGGUGAGGAUGACGAGGAGGAAGGCGAUCGCGAGCGUUGGGAGGAUCAGUACAGCGAGCGACGCAGGAACCAGCGCAGGGCCUACGAUAAGCACGGCUCUCGGUAUAUGGAUCUACCUAGUCGACGCGACCGAGAUGGCUACACAAGCGACGGUGGCAGAUACCGCGACUCACGAGCGCCUCCGCGUCGCGGCGGACGCGACGGUCACGAUGACUGGCUGUCCAACGACCCUUAUGCCGAUCGUAGCCCUCGACGAGGAAGCUCCCGUCCUCGACGACGAGAUGGUCGCGGCGGCUACGACUAUCCCUCUGAGGAAGACUCGCCUCGUCGAGACGGCCGUCGCCGAUACGCCGAUGAAGAUGACUAUGGCUAUGGCGAUCCCUACUCCCCCGACCGCUCUCCUCCUCGACGCCGUCCCGUGCGCCGCGCACCGGGUCGACGCCUGGUGGAUGAGGACCUCCUGCGCGAGCUCGCCGACAUUCGCCACGAGUUCGCGCGUGUCGAGCGCCAGCGAAAGGGCUCCGCUCAUCUCUACCUCAUUGACCGCAGCAACAAUCCGGCUGACCGCAUGGCUCGCGCCGUUGCAAAGUCCGAGGGCAGCCUGCUCCAGGCGGAUGAGUUCGACACACGCUCCGAAAUCGGUUUACACGUUGACGAGGCCCGCCUCUCAGAUGAAGAACCUCUCGACGAGGAGGAGGAUGAAUUCCUCGAGACACGUAGCAGGUUCUCCACUGCGUCCAAGAGCACCAAGGGUGGUCAAAGGCGUCGAAGCAACCGUGCCAACUCGAGAAACAGCAUCAUCUCCAAUGCAUCGGGCAGGCUGCGAAAUUCGGCGUCACUGCCCGCCGGUCACCUGAAGGGCGCAUCACGAAGGCAGCUCGACACCUUCGCCGAGGAGGACGAGGACGAUCUCGCCGCCGAUGCCAGAUCCGUCAGGACGCACAGGUCCGAACGAUCGCGAAAAUCGACGCGCGCCGAGAGGGAGAGGGACGAGUAUCGCGCGAGACAGGACAGGCUUGACGCCGAGGCAGCUGCCAUGGUUAAACGGUCCACCACGCAAUCGUCUACCAAGAGGUCGGCAUCGCGCGCAAGCCGAUUGGCCCCACCCGUUUCAGAGAGAGGCGGCGCCUCGAGGCUCUCGAUCGAUUCGAGGAAGGGCGAUUCACGCAUGUCGGCCGACCUCCUCUCUCCAGACACGGCGUCUAGGCGUGGAUCGAUCGACAGCAGGCGAAGGGUGAGCAAUGUGCGCUCUCAGCCUGAAUUGCGCGAGUCGUCUCGAGCACAAAAGGGUCGAUCCACGGUGCACAGUGCUCUGGCGUCCGCUGCUACUCUCAGGGGUGGCGAUGAGGAUGAAGACGAGCUCGAGACCGAGCCGCGACCUCGUCGCUCGAUGCAGCUCCGCGAGACUGGCUCUAUUCGACCGAGGCAAUCUCGCAGACGCCUCAUGUCGGAGCAGGACAACUACCCCGAGAUGGACGACUUGGUCCCUCCGACGCGCGCGUGGGACAAUGGUUCCAUCUACUCGCGUAACAGCGUUGACAACCGCCGUGCGUCUCCCGCUUCGCCCGCAUCUCAACGCAGAGGUCUGUUCGGUAGCCGAUCGCGCGAUGCACCCCUCUCGCCAGGCUCACCCUCGCUGCAGAAAAAGUCAGGCUUCGGUCUGUUCUCCAACCGCUCCACUCCCUCGCUGCACCGAAACCCUGCCCCCGAAGAUGCGGAUUACGAAUGGUCCAAGAAGAACCGCAAGAGGCGACAGCAGAGAGACUGGCAAUCCACCACCGCCAGUCAGUGGGAAGCGGAAGAGGCGUCGGCCAAGAAGGGUGGAUUUUUGAGUCGCAUGUUUGGUCGCAAGAAGUGA